AUGGUGGUGGAGGUGAUGGGGAAGGUGGUGGUGGGGACAUGUAAUAGUAAGGUGGUGGGGGUGACGGAGAAGGAGGUGGUGGUGAUUUGUAGUAAUAUGGAGGGGGCGGGGAUGGAGAUGGUGGAGGUGGUGAUUUAUAGUAGUAAGGAGGAGGAGGUGAGGGUGAUGGUGGUGGAGGAGACUUGUAGUAGUAUGGUGGAGGAGGGGAUGGAGACGGUGGUGGAGGAGAUUUAUAAUAGUAUGGUGGUGGAGGAGAUGGUGGUGGUGGUGGUGGAGACUUGUAGAUAUAAGGAGGUGGUGGUGAAGGAGAUGGAGGUGGUGGUGACUUAUAGUAAUAGGGUGGUGGUGGAGAAGGAAAAGGUGGUGGUGGUGAUUUGUACAUGUAAGGAGGAGGAGGUGGGGACUUGUACAUGUAAGGAGGUGGGGGUGAAGGUGAAGGUGGGGGUGGUGACUUAUAAUAGUAAGGAGGAGGAGGAGGAGGAGAGGGAGAUGGCGGUGGUGGUGAUUUAUAAUAAUAAUAGGGAGGUGGGGGAGAAGGUGAUGGGGGAGGAGGGGACUUGUAAUAGUAUGGAGGUGGUGGUGAUGGAGAUGGUGGUGGUGGUGACUUGUAAUAAUAUGGGGGAGGAGGGGAUGGUGAUGGAGGAGGAGGCGACUUAUAGUAGUAUGGUGGUGGAGGUGACGGUGACGGUGGUGGUGGUGACUUGUAAUAGUAAGGAGAUUGCUAAAGCAAAGAGCACUCGAGGCCAAGAAUUUGUCAUUCUUGGCAAUUCUCUGGGACUAACAAGCGUUAUGCAAUAG